AUGCAAAAUCCGCUGUUAAAACUUUUCAAUUUUUGGAUACAGGUGUACAAAUCUAGUUUAAAAACAGAGAUUCCUGAAAGUUGUGUCAUUGUGAAUUAUGCUGAAGAAAAACAUCUAUACUUCCCAAGAGAGAAUGUCAAACACAAUGACGUGACUGGAGAGAUGUACCUACUACUCCUCAGGACGAGAGGAUCGCGACCAAAUUACACCACAUUUGCACCAGUUCCUGCAGAUAACUGUAUAGCAGUCGUGCCAAUAACCGUCAUGGGAGCUUACGUCACGUGGACGUUGGAAGUGUUGGCAUUUGCGAUUUUCGUCGUGGUCGCGGCCGUGGUGCCGUACGUCCGCCGGAAGCGCGACUACUGGACGAAUCGUGGGGUGCUGGCGGCGGCCGGUUACCGGUCAUUGGCAAACACGCUGCCGGGCGUCCGGCUGCACGACAGGUCACUGUCCGGUCACCGGAACGACGCUAAGGCCGCUGGCGUCGCCGUGCUAGGGCUCCACGACGCCGGCCGGCCGACCGCACUGGCGUGCGAUAUCCGGGUGGCCGCGGCCGCGAUGGCCAACGACGGCUUUGCCGAGGUGGAAACCAGAGGCGGCCGCGAGAUGAGCCUCUUACCGUCCGCGGUGGAUGCAGGUGCGGUGACCGCCGUGCUGCCGACCAUGGCCGUGUGCGUGGCCGAGCUCAUCACGUCGCUGGAGGCCGUGGCCAACCGUCGGCUAACCAUGGUGCCGUGGACGGAAGUGAAAAAGUGCGCUACAACGGUGGUGGCCACGUGCGUGUACGGCCAGCCGAUGGUCGACUCGCGGAUCAAAGCGUUCGCGGAACAGUGUGACAAGUCGUUGUCGGGUGCUGGCGGUCGGCCGACGUUCACCGACCAUUUUGCAUCGUACGACUUGUCGUCCGACGGACGAGCGUCGUCUUUCGAUUUCAAGCAGAUUUUACAGGCAGCCGCCGCAGACAGUGACAAAAUUGGUGCAGAUGUUGCCGACAAACAAGUGAGAUUAGAUAUGUUCGAGUUCGUGUCGGGCACUAUAGAACAGACGGCAGCUCUAGUAACGGGUGCGCUGUAUGAGUUAGCCCGCGACCAAAAUAUUCAAAAUCACCUUAGAGAGCACUUGGACAGCGUGCUGGACGAGCAUCAGGAACAAGUCACAAUCGACCAAUUGGAUCGGUUACCGUACUUGGAAAACGUGUUAAAAGAAACGUUGCGGAAGUACCCGCUGGCGGCCGUUGUGCGCCGCGUGGCCACCAAACCGUACGUUGUGCCCGGCACCGGUGGCCGUGGCACCAUCGAACCGGACACACUGAUCGUGGUGCCGGUGCACGAGCUGCACCAUGACGCCGAACACUUUCCCGAACCGGAAAAGUUCCUGCCACACCGAUUUCCCGGACAACUGUCGUCCGCGUACAUGCCACACGGCAGCGGACCGCAGUCCUACAUUGGUAAACAUUUCGUGGAGCUGGAAGCCAAGCUCGUCAUCGCCAUGCUGAUGUCCCGGUACGAAGUGCACGUGGACAGCGCCAAGUCAGGCACUCCACCGGACCCGUUGGACCCGAAGUCGUUCGAGGGCGUCCGAAUGACGGUGGCCAAUCGGAGCAGCGUCCGAGAGUCGACGAUGUACGCAUCUCUACGGAAGUUUCAUAUGAGCAACGACGUGAACGCUGGUGACCGGAAAUUCCUUUUUUUCUGA